AUGCCGGACAUCGCUUCACUGGACAACCACGAUUUGGUCGGGCAUGAUGCAAUUCCCGGUCAUCCUUUGGGGGUGAAGCCCAGUGGCAAUGCUUUGCUUGCCCAGGAGAAUCUUCGUGCUGCGAUUGGAACCUUCAAUUUGUUACCCGAUGAACUGAUCUUAAUAUUACUAGAGUGUCUUGAUGGACGCAGUUUGCUGCGUAUCGGGCAGACAUGUAAAGCCUUCUAUGCGUUUACUAGAGCCGAGGACUUUUGGAAGUCUCUUUUCAUUGGAUCUCCACCAGCCUCGUUUACCUGGCAAGGAACAUGGCGGUCUACCUAUCUCAACAUCCCUCCAUCUAAAGCAGCCAUCCUAGACUGCUCGACGUUGUACUCGGAUGCCCUACACCGUCCCUUCUACUGCGCGCAUAUUUCCUUGGACCCCUACGUCACCAACAUCCCGCCCAGAAACCAAAUCGCUCGUUUGCCGAACCUCUCCCCGCUAGAAUUUCAUGAGAAAUGGUCCGACACUCCAUUUAUCCUGACCGAGCCUGUCAAAGAGUGGCUGGCCUAUCGAACCUGGACCGUUGAGUCGUUGUUAUCGAAAUAUGCGGAGACGGUAUUCCGUGCGGAGGCUGUGGACUGGCCGUUCAAGACAUACGUGGAGUACAUGAAGAACAAUUCGGACGAGAGCCCUCUCUACCUAUUUGACCGGGCUUUCGUGUCCAAAAUGGACCUCAAGGUCGGUCAACCCGAUGAGGAGCCCGACGCCACAUAUUGGCCGCCACCAUGUUUCGGAGAAGACUUCUUCUCCGUCUUGGGUAAUGACCGCCCUGAUAGGCAGUGGCUGAUCAUUGGCCCCGAGCGGUCAGGAAGUACUUUUCAUAAGGAUCCUAAUGCCACUAGCGCCUGGAACGCGGUAGUCCGCGGCUCCAAAUACUGGAUUAUGUUUCCCUCGUCGUCCAAACUCCCCCCACCUCCAGGAGUCUAUGUCUCCGAGGACCAGAGUGAAGUGACAUCCCCUCUGAGCAUCGCAGAGUGGCUUCUAGGCUUCCAUGCCGAAGCCCGGCGCACACCGGGCUGCAUCGAAGGUAUCUGCCAGGAAGGAGAGAUUCUGCAUGUGCCUCGGAACUUUAUCCCGCGUGCACACUUGACCGCAGCUUUGGACUUCCUGAGUAACAAAGCUGAUCAAAUUUCGGGAUUCAGAAAAGAUGUUCACAACCCUUAUGAGCAGUUUGUGAAUAAAAUGCACGAGGCCCACCCAGAUUUACUUGAACAAGCACUUGAUGAGCUAAAAAAGAAAGCUGAGGGCAAAAAGCGGAAAUGGGAUGAAAUUGUCCACGGAAAACCAGAGCAAGACGAUGCUGGAGACUCUGCUGAAGCAGGUGGAUUCAGUUUUGGAUUUGGAGAUGACGGGAGCGACGUGGAGGUUCCCUGA